CGGUGACGUCAUUAAUACGCGCCCCAUGUUUACAGACAACCGAAAAAAAAAAACCCAGCUGUUUUAACCUAAAGCACUGGAGUCCUAUUAAAUUAUAACGCGAGUGGGUGUGGAGGACAAGCACAGAGUCAAUGAGACGUUCGCUGCGAGGAAAAUCUGAUUUUUGGACGUAUUUUGUUAAGUAUUUUGUGGAUGCUGCCUAAAUGUUGACGUGAUUCGAAGCUGUGUACCAAAAAGUUGUCAGGGGUCAGCGUCUUCUUCUUUCAACGUCUCAUUAUAAAGUGACAACAUGGCAUCUGCAAGCAGCAUCUUAAUGUGAGAAGUCAAAAAUGGACGAGGAAGAAGAUCUGGAGACACUUGGUGAGCAACUGUACACUCGGAUUUACCUCAAACACAAAGAGAAAGCUGGAAAACUCACAGGUAUGUUGCUGGAGCUGCCAGGUCCUGUUCUGAGGCAGAUGCUGCAGGAUGAGGCCAUGCUGACCGCAGCUGUGGAGAAAGCCCUGAGAGCCCUGCAGCCGGCACAGGAGACCAGCAAGGCGGCGUCUAAGGACGAGGACGAUGUGUCGGUGUCCUCUGACUCUCUGGGUGAGCAGCUGUUUGAGUUGGUGGACGUCUACAACACCGGCCACUCACAGAAAAUCACAGGAAUGCUUCUGGAGCAGCACAACGAGGCAGUUUUAAAACUUCUCUCAGAUCCAAAACUGCUGGAAGAGCAGGUGAACGUCGCCCUGAAGACGCUUAAAGAGCAGAGCGUGGAGGAGACGGACAUUAGCGACUCAUCGGACGCCGACGACACAGAGAAGCUCGGCGAGAAGCUCUUCUCGCUGGUGGAGGAACUAGAUCCACUUCGUGCAAAUGAUAUUACAGGUAUGCUUCUGGAGAUGGAGUCAGCUGCUCUCCAGCAGCUGCUCGGUGACCACGCAGGGCUGCAGGUUGCUGUUCGGAAAGCACAAAAAGCACUGGACGCUAACUGAACUCUCUGUGCUUGAACAGGAGAAGACGUUUCAUGCACAGUAAUAAAUUAACGACUGACUCAGAUGAUAUGAUGUGGAGAAGAGCUGACACGUGACAGCAUAAGCUGCAUAAGCAGCUGGUUUUGUUUUAUACUGAUUGAUGGGUGAACUGUGGACCACUUUGACUGGACUCACUGUAAAUAACUGAUGAGUUUGAUAAGCUGAAAUGACACGUAUACUGUCCCUCUCCGGGGACAACGUGAGCACCCGUGAUUGUCUUUCCCAGAUAAACAGACUGAACAUAAGUGCCAAUGUCCUAUAAAACAUAUUUGUCUGUCAGUGUUGCUCCACCUGAGAGCCAAACAUGCACAGCCACACAUCUGAAUCACUAUUGCUUGAUGAAAAUGUUUGCAGCGAGCUGUUAGAGAGGAUCUUAAGCCUGUGAAAGGACAGUUAAGUUUAAUUGUUGUUCUCGUACUGCACCCACAGUGAUGUAACUGUAAGCUGGUGAAAUGUCUUUGCUGUCUUCAUUACCAGUUAAGUGAAAAAUGCAGCAACCCCAAACUGACACUUUCCUCACAUAAAGAUUUAACACGUCUGAUA